GAGGGAGGAAUUGAAAGUGAGGACGUAACAUAAGAUGGACAUGUUUCAGCUGAUGAUGGAUCAGUGUGAGAAAGCCCGCAAAGAGUUUCUGGUGCAAGCAUUAGACACUAAAACAGGAGCAGGAGACGGGAGGGGGAGAAAUCAAAUUCGAUACCUUUCACGCAUACGCCCACCUGCUGGAAAUCUCGCUAACGCGAAGAGUGCGCGAGACCUCAGCGGUUAGCAUUUGAAUCCUGCUCGCGGGCGGAGGUGGUUCGUCGUGCACGCGCAAGCGCGGGCAAGGUGGGGGGGGGCGGAGGGAAGAAAGUCAGUUUCAUUACUGUUGGAGGACAUUUGCUCUUCUUUCCAUCAUCCCUUUUCGAUCCUCGUCUUAAUUCCCCCCCCCCUUCCUCUCCCUCCAUCCAUUGCUAUUGAAUUUACCUAGGUUUACCCCCCUACUUCUCCUUUUCCCCCCACCCCACCCCCUUCCCCGUCCCGGACAUGGCUAGCGAGAGUAGUCCGACGCAUGAAUCUCCGCCACUGCCGCCGACCGUAGAGCAGGAUCAGAGCUGUGGCCUAUGCGGCAAAAUGGAGAAAUUAUUGCUCUGCGGGGGCUGCAAAAGAUCGUUCUACUGCAGCAAAGAGCACCAGAAAAUGGACUGGAAAAAACACAAGCAGGUCUGUAAAGAGGCGGCGAGACGACAGGGCGACGACACGCGAAAUGCUUCGGCGAACAGUAACCACCAUCCGCCGCUGCCGAAGCCCCUGUCACCAGCUUCGGUCAACGGACAGCCGGCGGAGAAGAAUGAAGAGGCGACAACGGCUUCCCAUCUGGUACCCGGGGCUGGCAUCAGUAGCCGGAGUCACCGGGGCCAGCACGGAUUGAGCGGCGGCAGCUCCCAGAAACUGGUGCAGGAGUACAUCGUGCCAUGUAUGAGCAAGCACGGCAUCUGCGUGGUGGACAACUUCCUGGGAGAGGAGAUGGGCGACAGUGUGCUGAGGGAGGUAAAGGAACUGCGCCGGAGCGGCCGGUUCACCGAUGGCCAGGUGGUCAAUCAGAGAGGGGACUCAUCGAGAGACAUCCGGGGUGACCAGAUCACCUGGAUGGAUGGGAAGGAGUCCGGUUGUACGCAGAUUGGGCUCUUAAUGAACAGCAUGGACGAUCUGAUCAGGCACUGCAACGGGAAACUCGGCAGUUAUAAUAUUAACGGCAGGACGAAAGCAAUGGUGGCAUGUUACCCAGGAAACGGAACAGGAUAUGUUCGCCAUGUUGAUAACCCUAAUGGAGAUGGACGAUGUGUCACAUGUAUAUAUUAUCUGAAUAAAAACUGGGAUGCACAGGUAAAUGGAGGCCUUCUUCGAAUUUUUCCAGAAGGAAAAUUACAGUUUGCUGAUAUUGAACCAAAGUUUGACAGGCUGCUAUUUUUCUGGUCUGAUCGACGCAAUCCUCAUGAAGUGCAACCUGCUUAUGCCACAAGGUACGCUAUAACAGUCUGGUAUUUUGACGCAGAUGAGCGAACUCGAGCUAAAGACAAAUAUUCAACAGGUGAAAAGGGAGUAAAAGUUGAAUUAAAUAAACCGUCAGAACACAGUUCAAAAGAAGCUUGAUAUCUCUUCCAUCUCCUCCAUAUCUGUUGAGAUAUAAGGUUUAUCUUAAGAGUGUUACCGGAUGAAUGGAUGAAGAAUUACAAUACCCGCUGCUUGUGAUUUGAAGAUGGGAAUUCAGCAACAAAAAAAUCUCUUACGAGACUGGACCUUGAAUUCAGAGGUUUUGCACUGCAUUAUCUAUCUCUUGGAAGUGCUCAUUUCAAGUGAAGAAUGCCAUGAUUGGAGCAGAAAUGGAACUGGAGUGGAGUUGUGGCACAGGGAGCCUGAAAUUAUUGAAAUGCUCUUAAUUUGUCAGUUAUAAUUUAUCUGCGAGUCACAGGCUGCAGUUCUUCUAUUUUUAUUGAUUGGAAUUUUGGGGUCAUUUGCAUAAAACUUAUGGUGAGUUUAAAACAAGAAAACUGCAGUAUUGAUAUCCAUGAGGUAAUUAUUGAUUUUGUUUUAAAAUCUACCUGAUUUCCCCUAUGUAGUAACUUAAUUAUCUGGAGAGAAAACACACACAUUUAGAUUUAAAUCUAGAAUAACUUUAGCGGCAGCCACUCGCCACAAGCUGUGAAGAAAAUGAAUGACGUUCUUGCUGUUGAGAACAAUAGAAGCACUUGCCCUCCAUUUGACUCUUCUGUUUUUGUCUUUUUUUGCCUUGCCUUGACCAUUUUCCAUAUGUUUCCCUUUUAUUAAAACUCCUUUUAAAUCUGUAACUUUUAUUUUUGAAAAAACCAUCAGUGUGCCUCCAACAUCUGCAGCAAAUUGGCUGAAACUGCAGCUAUGUGCCACAGGAAAUGCUUAUUACCAGACCAAUGUUGUUAUUUAUGGUGAGACACUAAAUAUUAGAGCGAGAAACUGAAUAAAACUUUAUUCCUGAACCUAAAGUUACAGUUUGAAGCAUCUGAAGGAUUAACUAUGUGAGAUAUUGUUCUAAAAAUAGUUGUAGAACAUUUUUGAACAUGCUAGCCAAUAUCUAAGAUAAGUACAUAAUUUUAAACCAAGAUGUCAAACACUUGAAUUGGUUUGAAUAUUGGUCUGCCUUCAUAUUGUAUAUUUUCUUAAAUUUAGAUUUUGAAGCAGUUUCAUUACAUUAGUGACCAUUACAUCCUCAUUUUCUUCAAUCGAUCUAAAUUUUAUUAUUUGAAUGAAAAAUAAAUCAACGAACCAAUCUUCUAUACCAGUGAAUUCCUUCCUGAUGGUGUUCAGUUUGGGUAAUUUUCUCUUUGAAGCUGUAUUCACACCGUUAUGUCGUAUGUACUCAGUACUUGGAGAUAAAUCAAUACCAUGGUGCUUUGAUGGCUUUUCCAAAUGGCAAGCACCUGUCUGUUUUCAUUUUCCUGACAGUAUAUUUUAAAAUGCCCUAUGAUAGCUGCAUAGCAGAGAGUUAUACAGCAUGCACAUAAGAUAGAGUUGCAAUUUACUAUGUUUGAAUAUUAUAAAAUAAAUCGUUAUGAAAAGAACUGCUAGCUUGUAAAACUUGCAAAAAAUUAAAUCCUUUGUUUACUGAAACCAAGUGUGAUUUCCUUGAAUAAAUCAACAUUUUUUUAAACAAAGCUGAUGCGAGAAUAGGGAGGUAGGAUAAUGUAUUUAACUUAUUAAAGAAAAUGCAGGAAGACAUUUCUGACAGAUUCCAUGCCUUCUUGAGAUGGGAAAGGGAAAUUUAGAGAGUGAUUUAACCAAGAUGGUACUGGGCCAACUUACUGAAGUGCUACAGUUUGUGUAGUUCCGAAGUUUCUACAUUGUUGGAAUUCCCAAACUAACAGCAACCAUGAAGGAUAAGCAAUGUGUGUCCAACUCAAGAUAGAGCACAACUCAAUGGUGAUCGUGUUUCAAUGCGUCUUCCAUUCAUGUUAUACUAGAUGUUGGAAGUUACAGGUUCUUCAUGUGCUGCUGAAGUAGUUUUUGGUGAGUUGUUGUAGUACACCCUAUAUGCUGCACCAACAGCAACCUCUGAAAAAAGAUGACAGAGAGCAUAAAAGUGAUAAUAAAUACUUGGUGAAUUUGAGAUGAGAACUGAAACAAACACUGCUUUAAUCUGUUGGUCAUACCCGAUGCAACUUUUUCACUCUGCUUAAAAAAAAUUGGAUCCUUCAGUAAAUUCUUGUAAAAUAUUUUUGAGUCAUUGUAUAAUCCAAAUGUAUGUUUUUUUAAAAUUUUUAUUUCCCAAGAAUUAAUAUCCCUCAUUAGUAUUCUAGUAUU